AUGAAGUGCGCGGUGGCAUUAGUUCUCGCUCUCAUCGGCAUGGUGGUCGCCAACCCUGUCCCACCGCUGGGACUGGAACUCGCCUCACCCAUUCUUCCACCAGUGUCCACGGUCAUCAACCAUGGUGUGACUAUUCCUGUGGUGACUGCACCCGUAGUCCGGCACAUAGUCGCAGCCCCCAUAGUCACGGCCCCUAUUAUUAGGACUCCUAUCUACACCGGCUAUGGAUGGGGUAAUGGAUGGGGAAACGACUUGGGAAGCCAUUGGGGUGGUUGGUCCCACGGCGGUUGGCACUGA